AUGUCUAAUGUUGUUAUUGUUUUCGAUUUUGACAAAACCAUCAUUGAUUGUGAUAGUGAUAACUGGUUGAUAGAUGAAUUAGGUUUCACUGAUUUGUUCAAUCAGCUGCUUCCCACAAUGCCUUGGAAUUCUGUCAUGGACAGAAUGAUGAUGGAGUUUCAUUCACAUGGUGUCACCAUUGAAGAGAUUGAAAAGGUUCUUCAUAGGAUUCCAAUUCAUCACAGAAUAAUACCUGCUAUUAAAUCAGCACAUGCUUUAGGAUGUGAUUUGAGGAUCGUGAGUGAUGCAAAUAUGUUUUACAUCGAAACUAUUUUGAAGCAUUUGGGAAUAAUUGAAUGCUUCACAGAGAUUAACACUAAUCCAGGUUAUGUUAAUCAACAAGGAAGGGUUAGAAUUUCACCUUAUCACGACUUCAACAAAAAUUCACAUGGUUGUACUAAUCCCUGCCCUCCAAACAUGUGCAAGGGUUUAAUCAUUGAUAGAAUUCAAAACACAAUUAACGAAGUUGAUAACAAGAGAUUCAUCUACCUUGGUGAUGGUGCUGGUGAUUACUGUCCAAGCUUGAGAUUUGGAGAAAAAGAUUUUGUCAUGCCAAGAAAGAAUUUCCCAGUUUGGGAUUUGAUAUGCAAGGAUCCUUCACUUGUUAAGGCUGAAAUUCAUGGUUGGUGUGACGGACAAGAGUUGGAACAAGUUUUGAUGACUUUGAUUAGCAAAGUUAUCGUAGAGGAAAAUGCUCAAGUUAUUUCUUCUGAUUGCAAGCUACGAUCUAUGUCUAUUCCAGUGCUGGAAUCCUUUCCUACAGCUCUCACUGUUAGACCAUAG